AUGGGCUCGAUCGAACAGAACAGUUACUCCGUGCCUAAAGAGGCCGACAAGAUCUACCAUGAAGAGAUACUUGCAAACCCUCUGGUACCUUCCUUGCCACCAGACAUCAGGGAAGCCGCUCGACUUGUAACAUUCACUGGCUCUGAUCGUCCCAGUAUCCCGAUCAAUUGGCGCUUCGCUGAGAGCAUAUCAGCCCUCAAAGCUUUCGAAGCAUCAAUGAUGAAUGUUUUGCGAAGCAAAAAAUACGGGGUGCCGAUGUCAAAAGUCGGCAUCAAUACGGAUCACGCUUCGUUGUUCGUGAUGUCGCCAUUCCUCGCAAAAUUGGUCGACGAGCAUGGACAGGCAAUGCCGAUCAACUGUUUCGACUCUAGCGUGAUGAAGGACUAUGGGUUCCCGAGUACCGAUCUGCAUGAUUGCGUGGACUGGCAUCGCCUUCAUGCCACGAACAUAUAUCGCACGAAGGAUGGGCGGUUUUUCCAUGCACACGGUAGCAUGAACCCAGAUCCGACAUUGACUGCGCUUGACAUGCCACUAACUGGGCCGAAGGAUGAGACAUACGAUGCUGCAGUUGGGAAGUUCCAGGAAGUCGUCGGGAACUAUACCGCCUUGGAGCUAGAUCAGCUCAUGAAUGAGCAAUACAAGCAAGCGGGGACUGUUUGCUGGACGAUUGAAGAGUUCCAGAAGUCCGAGCAUGGCAAGGCGAACGCCCACGUCGGCUUGUACGAGCUCAACAAGAUCGACGGACAUCAGCCUGCAUCGUGGUGGCCUGACCACGCAUCGAUGCCAUCGUCACCAAAUCGACCGCUGGCUGGCUUGAAGGUAGUAGAUCUCACCCGCGUCAUCGCUGCACCGACUGUGACUCGCUGCUUGGCAGAGAUGGGCGCAAGCGUUUUGCGAGUGACUGCUCCCCACUUGACCGAUCUGUCGCUGGUCCACCAGGACCUGAACUGGGGCAAAUGGACUGCAUUCCUGGAUCUCAAGACUGAGCACGGCCGACAGACCAUUCGAGAGCUAAUCAAGGAAGCAGACGUAGUGGUUGAAGGAUACCGACCAGGCUCGAUGGAACGAAAUGGACUUGGUCGGGACGCGAUCCUGGACCUCGUGAAGGAUCGUGCGCGUGGUAUUAUCCAUGUUCGCGAGAACUGCUAUGGCUGGCACGGGCCUUGGAAACAUCGAAGUGGAUGGCAGCAGAUCAGUGAUGCUUGCUGCGGUGUGUCCAUGGAAUAUGGCCAAGCAAUGGGCAAUCAAGAAGCCGUCACUCCUAUCUUCCCCAAUUCGGACUACUGUACUGGCGCUGUGGGUAGCACAGCAGUAUUGCAUGCUCUCCUUCGGCGUGCUGAGGAGGGUGGUUCGUACGGGGUGGACAUCGCCCUGAAUUAUUACUCCCAGUGGCUCGUCAAGUCAGUUGGCGAAUAUCCAGAAGACGUCUGGAAGGAGGUCUGGCAGCGCCACGGCUCACCGGUAUAUCGCAACUUCCACUCGAUGAGCUACACACUGCCUUCUAUGAUGGCGCUGCUGGCGAAGCAUGACCGAGACACGCUUCUAAGACCUGAGUUCUUCGAGCAUCGUAAGUCAAAGGCUGUCGGUCAUACGUUCCAGCAAGUCAAGCCGAUCGCUCAAUUUGCAGAUGAUGUGCAUCUUGGCUACAACAUCGGGACCAGGACGAAUGGCGUCGACAAGGCGAUCUGGCCAGAUGAUCUGAGGACCGAGGUCUUGUCAUGA